GCAGACCAACUUGGACCUUUGUCUCCAAGAGAUAGAUGCCAAAGGCUACGCCUGUCAGACCUAUCUUCUGGACGACGCAUGGUAUGGGCUGCCGCAGUCCCGUCGCAGAGUAUACUUGGUAUGUUUAAACCGGAAUGCAGCAGGUGUUGCUACCUCUGCAAGUACUUUCUUCCAGAGCGACCGCUUCCUUCUGGCAGAUGAUGAUCCUGCUGUUACAUCAUACCUGCAGACCCUGCAAGAGGAGCGGGAGAAGCAGCGAGCCAAAGAAGCAGAGCGCCCAUCGGAGAAAAACCCAUCUUGGAUCAGCUUGCACAUGUCACUGGCAGAGUAA